AUGGCGGUUGGUCGGAGGGAGAAGAACAGUCAAUCAUCGAUUCGGGGAUCGCAUAUCGCCAUCGCAAUUGGGAUCGGAGUUGUUGCCGGAUGCAUUUUCGCCUUCUUCUUCCCGAAUGGAUUCUUCUCCUCUGAUCCGCCUACACAAACACAAGUUCGCCGUCUUACCAAAUCCAGUCUCGAGGAUGAUUUGUCCUCGUGUGAAUCUCCUGAAAAAUUAAACAUGUUGAAAACGGACAUCAUGAAAUUGUCGGAAAAGAAUGGAGAGCUGAAAAAGCAAGUAAGGGAGCUGAAUGAAAAAUUACGUCUAGCUGAGCAGGGAAAAGACCAUGCGCAGGAGCAGUUUAUGGUGCUGAGUGAACCUCAUAAAGCUGGGCCUUUUGGCACAGUUAAGGCUUUAAGAACUAACCCAACCGUCCUGCCUGAUGAAGGUGUGAACCCGAGACUUGCAAAGCUCUUGGCUGAGGUUGCUGUUGGAAAAGAACUUAUAGUUGCUCUUGCCAAUUCGAAUGUGAUAGCCAUGCUUGAGGUCUGGUUCACCAGCAUUAAGAAAGUUGGUAUUCCUAACUACCUCGUAGUUGCAUUAGAUGAUGCAAUUGUGGAUUUUUGCAAGUCAAAUGAUGUCCCUGUGUACAAGAGGGACCCUGAUGAAGUUAUCGACAAUGUUGGAAAGAUAGGAGGUAAUCAUGCUGUCUCCGGACUGAAAUUCCGAAUCUUGAGGGAGUUUCUGCAGCUGGGAUACAGUGUUCUACUUUCAGAUGUUGAUAUAGUGUACUUACAGAAUCCAUUUGAUCAUUUGCAUCGGGACUCAGAUGUAGAGUCAAUGACAGAUGGUCAUAACAAUAUGCCAUCAUAUGGCUAUAAUGAUGUUUUUGAUGAACCUGCGAUGGCUUGGGCUCGUAAUAUCCCAAUUAACAUAGGUAAAAGAGUAAUUCUACUUACUUCGAUGCACGGGCAUUUACACCGGAGUUUUUUUCCCGAGAAGGUAGAGCGGAGAUCUUCUUCUUGGCGCGACGGACCUCAAGAUGGCGGAUCAGAGGAGAAGAAUCCAUUCGGGAAAAAGAAGGCGAAAAUGCAUCCGGCAACAACUCCGAUCCCAAUUGCGAUGGCGAUAUGCGAUCCUCGAAUCGAUGAUUGA